CAUCUCUCUCUCAAACAUAGCAAACUAGCUAGGGAGCUCUUCAAUAUAUCACUUUCUCUCUCUACCCUCUUUCUUCUCUGCUAUUUCCCUCUUUCUUCGCUGCUAUUUCACACUACUCACCAAAAACCCAUAUUUCCACACCCAUUUUCUUCUUCUUCAGAAACUUGCAUGCCAUAUUAUAUGGUUUUCCUCUGAAACUUUUUUCCAUCAAUAGAAAUGAAGACGAUGUUCCUCUCUAGACUUCUCUUGGGUUCCCUCCUCAUCUUCUGCCUUUCAAAAUUUGCCUCUGCUGCUGCUCAACUGCCACAGACUGAAGUGAAAGUACUGCAAGAAGUUGCGAAAAAGCUAGGAAAGACAAACUGGAAUUUCAGUGUCGAUCCAUGCAGUGGAGAAUAUGGUUGGUUUGUAAAAAACCCAGUUGAAGGUUUUGACAAUGCCCUCACUUGUAAUUGUUCCUUCUCCAAUCCUACUGUUUGCCAUGUUACAAGCAUAGCUCUAAAAGCCCAGAGUCUGCCCGGGACUCUACCUCUGGAAUUGGCCGAGCUCCCGUAUCUCCAAGAAAUUGACCUUUCCCGCAACUACCUUAACGGUACCAUUCCACCAGAAUGGGGCUCCCUCAGUCUUGUCAACAUUUCCCUUUUAGGAAACCGGGUAACGGGUUCAAUCCCCAAAGAAAUUGCAAACAUCACCACUCUGAAAAGUUUGGUCUUGGAGUUCAAUCAGCUCUCUGGAACUCUACCUCCACAGCUUGGGAAUAUGCCUAACUUAGAAAGAUUGCUUCUUACCUCAAAUAAUUUUACUGGAGAAUUGCCGGAAACAUUUGCAGGACUUAACACAUUGAAGGACCUUCGGAUUGGCGACAAUCAAUUUUCUGGGAAGAUACCGAAUUUUAUUCAGAACUUAACAAGUCUUCAAAAAUUAUUUAUUCAAGCAGCUGGUUUGAAUGGACCAAUUCCUUCUGGCAUUGCAUCCUUGGAGAAAUUAACUGACUUAAGAAUCAGUGACUUGAAUGGAUCCGCAGCAACUUUUCCACCGCUUGAAAGUAUGACAAAAAUGAAGACACUGAUACUGAGGAGUUGCAAUAUUAUUGGAGAGCUGCCCGAAUAUAUUGGGGAAAUGAAGAGUUUGAAAACUUUAGACCUCAGCUUUAACAAACUAAGUGGACCAAUUCCAAGCAGCUUUUCCCAACUGACAAAAGUGGACUACAUAUUCUUGACAGGAAACAUGCUUUCUGGACCAGUCCCUCAGUGGGUCAAAGAUGGAGACAACAUUGAUCUUUCAUAUAAUAACUUUGCAGUUGGAAACUCAGGGGAACCAACCUGUCAACAGCGUAGCGUGAACUUAUUUGCAAGCUCUUCGCUUGGAAAUAGCUCUGGAACUGUUCCAUGUUUGGGAAAUUCUCAUUGUCAACAAAAUUUCUACUCUCUUCAUAUAAAUUGUGGUGGAAAAGCUGUAACUGUGAAUGAUAUUACAUAUGAUGAUGAUACCGAUUCAUCUGGACCUUCAACUUUCUACCAAAGUAGAACACAUUGGGCAACAAGCAGCACUGGUUACUUCAUGGAUGAUGAUCAUCCAACAGAUGCCUAUACUGAGACAAAUUCAUCUAGACUAUCCAUCACCAAACCUGAACUGUACAUGAGUGCUCGCCUUUCUCCUCUCUCCCUAACUUAUUAUGGGUUCUGUAUGGGAAAUGGAAACUACACAGUAAGCCUACACUUUGCAGAGAUAAUGUUCACAAAUGACAAAACAUAUAGCAGCUUGGGAAGGCGGAUAUUCAACGUUUACAUUCAGGGAAAGCUAGUGCUGAAGGAUUUCAAUAUAGAGGAUGAAGCAGGAGGGGUUGGUAAAGCAGUGGUAAAAAAUUUUACUGCUGCUGUGACUGGCAAUACCUUGGAGAUCCGUUUCUAUUGGGCUGGGAAAGGGACAAGUGCUAUCCCUGUUAGAGGAGUCUAUGGCCCUCUUAUAUCAGCUAUUAGUGUGAAUCCUGACUUUGUACCCCCAUCAUCAUCAAAAGGUGGAAGUAGCAUAUCUACAGGUGCAGUGGUUGGGAUUGUGGUUGCAGGACUGCUAGUUAUAUUACUGGCUGUUGGUAUACUUUGGUGGAGAUGUUUCCAAAGGAAGAAAAAUACUCUGGAACAAGAUCUAAAGGAUUUGGACCUGAAAACUGGUAAAUUUACCUUGAGGCAACUUAAAGCUGCUACAAACAACUUUGACAUAGCAAACAAGAUUGGAGAAGGAGGUUUUGGUUCCGUUUACAUGGGUAUUCUGUCUGAUGGCACUAAAAUUGCGGUUAAGCAGCUUUCUUCCAAAUCAAAGCAAGGGAAUCGUGAAUUUGUGAAUGAGAUAGGCAUGAUUUCUGCUCUGCAACACCCUCAUCUAGUUAAGCUGUACGGAUGUUGUAUUGAGGGAGAUCAGUUGCUGCUUGUAUACGAGUACUUGGAAAAUAAUAGUGUUGCCCGUGCUUUGUUUGGCCCAGAAGAUAGUCAGAUAAAAUUAGAUUGGCCAACAAGGCACAAGAUCUGUAUUGGAAUAGCAAGAGGUUUGGCUUAUCUCCAUGAAGAAUCAAGAUUAAAGAUUGUUCAUAGAGACAUCAAGGCUACAAAUGUGCUGCUUGAUAAAAACCUUAAUCCUAAGAUAUCUGACUUUGGUUUAGCAAAGCUUGAUGAAGAGGAGAAUACCCACAUAAGCACACGAGUUGCUGGAACAUAUGGAUAUAUGGCUCCUGAAUAUGCGAUGCGGGGUUAUCUGACUGACAAAGCAGAUGUAUAUAGUUUUGGAAUUGUUGUUUUGGAAAUUGUCAGUGGAAGAAGUAAUACUAAUUAUCGGCCAAAGGAGGAAGGUGUUUAUCUUCUUGAUAGGGCCCUUGUUCUAAAAGAGAAAGGGAAUUUGAUGGAGUUAAUUGAUCCAAGGUUAGGCUCAGACUAUAACAAAGAAGAGGUAAUGUUGGCAAUCAAUGUGGCAUUACUUUGCUCCAAUGUCGUCGCAGCAGAUAGGCCUAGCAUGUCUUCAGUGGUAAGCAUGCUUGAAGGCCGGGUUGCUGUUCAGGAGUUGGUCUUAGAUCCUAGUGUUGCAAGUGAAAAUAGUAAAGCAUUAAAGAACCUUUAUCAGAAAAUACAAGAAGGAAAUGCAUCAGAAAGCCACACUCAAAGUAUUUCCGUUGAUGCACCAUGGAGUGCUACUUCUUCAUCUGUUCCUGAUCUCUAUCCAAUCAAUCCUGAUUCUGAUUACUGGGAGAAGAGAAAUAAGGAUGCAUAAAAAUGUCUUGAUUUGGGUUUCCAUCUAUACCUUUUAAGCUCCCCAUGUUAUAUAUUUGCUUUCGAUUUUGUUUGUCAUAUAAGUUACUAUUUUUAAGUCUGUUAAUGUUAGUUCUGAUACAAGUUACUUCUGGAACAGAGAGCUAUUUGUGUAAUUUUCUUCUUUACCCAUUUUGUAAUUUUCUUUUUUGGGAUUGAAUUAGUUGGAGUGGAUGCAGAAGUUACAAGGGAAUGAUAAUUGUGAAUUGUGGAACGAAGAGUUUAUGGUAUACUUUUGCCUUAUUUUGAA